AUGAACAAUCGACCAGUCGAGCAGGCGUUGGCCACAUUAGUGCCAACGCAUGCCGGUGAUCUGCCGCAGGAACUCCUCAGCUACGCGAUGUCUCUGGUUGCGCAGUCUCGGAGCUUCUCUGCUAGUCUGAAGCCCGAGGAGGAGAUCGCGCGUCCGUAUGCCUGCGCGGAGAUUGCCUGUCGAAGAAUGAGCCGCACUUUGAAGCUUCCUCCGCUACUAGGACGUGCGCCAUGUCCCCCGCGCGUAUACAAAAAGCUUUACUCAUACCUCGAUCGAUCCCUAGCAGCAAGCUCAGUCGGGCUGAAACGAUCAGCGAGUACAUCCGUUGCUGGAUCACCUUCUCGCGCUGGGUCUGCACAGACAACGCCUACGAAGGUCAGGAACACCCCUUCCAAGGCAGUAGCUCCCACGCCGCGGGGACUGCAAAACACACCAUCGAAAUCUACACCCCUCAAGCGGAGUAUGAGUACGGCAAACCUUCUUGAGAGUCCUUCCAAAUCAGCAAGAAAAGUUGCAACUCCUCGGCCGAAAGAGGUCACUGGCUCCACUGUCAUCCCCGAUGCGCCGGCUUGGGUGAUGACUGCCAUUCGGACGGUAUGCAAGAUACUUUCAACACCUGCACCGCGCACGAACACAUGGUCUCGUCCUCCAAUCUCAAGAACGCUUCCUCCCCACGUCUUCUCCGGUGUAUCGUCUAUUCUUUAUCUUACUUCGAGUAUGUCCAACGACGAAGAGGGAUGGGAUGAAGAGACCUUGGGAUUCCUGGAGCCCAUUGUUUCGAUCAGCGGGUCGGGUAAAGACGAUGACUUCAAAGAAUUGGUAUAUGCCAUGGCUGUGGCUGUGUACUUCCUUGUCCUUGCACGGCGGCGUAAUCCCGGGCCGGAAGAAGAGGCAAAUGUUGAAGCGCAAAAGAUGGACAAGAAGACAUUCAUCGAAAUGCGCCAGACGGCCUUGAACAGCCUUGGUCUCACUAAUGAUCGGCGGCACCGUGACGAUGUGGACCAGUGGAUUGCCCUAAUCAUGGAGCACGGCUGGGCCAAUGGCCAGGAAUGGUUUGAGAACAUCCCCUAUGCCGGACAACUAUUUGGCGAGGAUGAGGAAGGAAAGUCUUACCAGGACUUGGACCAGGAAGAUGCCAUCCUAAGAGGUGUCAGACCGCCCCAGCGCUCAACCGCAGCCGCCGGCGCCCGAGCUUCGCUGUUAGAUCACCCCCCACGAGGCGGUCUUCUCCCUGGCUUGGGAACAAUGAUGCAGGAUCGUGUUGACUGGUUGAGUGAUGACCGCCGAGAAGAAUACGUAGACUGGAAGGCGGAUAUCGUGGCUCGUAUUCAAGGCGCGGCGGCAUGA